AUGCCAAAUAUUAGAAAGACUAUACUGCCAAGGGAUUUCUGCUUGCUAAAACCUAGAUUAAUCUCUAAAAAUGGUGGGAGGGAUGAGGUUAACAACGAAGAUGGACAGCUCCGUGACUCGCAUGAACAUCUCAGGGAUUUGAGCGUCCGUGCAUUGAAUGGAAUGACCGCACUCGAUUUCCGUGACAGAAUGCUCUCUUCUCUUCGCACUUACAAGGCCAUGUCAACGUUAGAUUAUGGUACGCGUCCCGUAUUUCAACCAUAUCUUCGCCGCAACCUCCUUUACCUCAGGGCUUUUGCCGAUAGGAAUGUACCUUCUUACACUUUUGGUGAAGAUGUGCCACCUUUGCUGUGGCCAUGGAAGCCUGUGCGGACUGUCGUUAGACGUUCAACCGCAGAACGCCAGGCACACUUGGAUGACAUCAUAGAUGUGUUGUUAUCCCGCAAUUCUGCAGAUGAGAAGGUGCAAAAAUUUGCUGGUGUGCACGACUUCCGUUUCUCUGUUGGAACUUUAGCUGCAUUUCGAAAGACUAUGGAUGUGCAAGUUUUGCAUCGCUGUCUGGCGUACCGGAAAUUCCUCAGCUCACACGGAGUGACUAUUCCGUCGUUCCCAAGGAAACAUAACCAUUCUUCAAAUGGUUCCAGUAUCGAGAAUUAUGUUCACGGAACGUCUGCUUCAGUGGAUUCUGUUACUUUGUCGUUUAGGAUGGUCUUUCAUAACUUUCUCGAAGGUGAACGCUUAGCAAAAGUCCAGGUGUACACUGUACAGCAACAAGGUGACGUGUUUGGAAAAGUCGAACGUCUUCCUUCUGCUACGUUCACUGUGUCUGUAAAUGCUCCCAUGCAGCCUGUCUCUAUAGAUGUUCCAACGAUAUCAAGUGACCAAAAUCUCCGCGUCUUUGUCAUUGUACGCGUCGACGUAACGAACAAUCUGAAGGGUAUCCGCGUGGAUGGUCACGCCCUUCGGAAUCUGCCCACUCGCAUGCGAACUGAUUGCGUUAAUCGUGAUCACAAAGUGACAUUUGAGCAUACCCUUUUUGGUGCGAGGUGCCUUUAUAGAAUGGAUGGUGCGUUGAGCAAAGGUGGCUUUAUCGUUGGCGAGAACAAUGUAACGCUGAUAGAACAGGAUAAGCUUAGCACCGAUAUCUCUUCGCCAGCGAUUGUAUCCGAACUGGAACAUUGGUCAAAGCGCCUUCAUACCAAUCCUUUCUUACAAAUGCGAGUUGCAUGUGGUCCAACUUAUGACGAUGACUCUGACUGUUGUUCGUCAAAUCGAAGUUCACGUUCUUGGGAUGGAGUCGACGGAGAUGACGAGUUGUCGGCUUGUUCCGAAAGAGAGGAAGCAGCGGUUCAAAGGAUAGAGGUGAAACGUGCAAUCGAUCCGUAUUUGGGUAUAUUCAGUCCAGACGAAGAUGGAAGAUAUGUCAAUCACAUCCGUACAAUUGAGACAAUUUUCCACCCAUUGAAGCAUAUGGGAAGAAUCAACCUCAUGCUUGUCCAAAACUGGUUAAGGCUUGAAAUUCCCCCUACAAUUAUAUACCGGAUUUCGUCUGGAAUUGCACCUCGCGAAUGCUGCGAUGAACCAUCCAGCACCUGCAAAGAAAAUCAGAUACCAAAGAUUCAGAAUUCUACUUUUGCUACUCUCACGGAAGUUGAAGAAAUGGGCUGGAUCACGAUAGUGGAUCAACGCCAGACCGAUAGGUGUAUCAUUUGUGAACGAUGUCUUUUGGUGAAUAGAAAAGUAGUUUUUGAGGAUCCACAGCAGGAUGAACGUUGGCAUCGGCUUCAUAUUGAUGUUUUUCUAAACCCGGAUUUCGAUGAUGUGCAUGAAAUGCUUUCUUAUGGUAAACGUAGUUUUAUAAGAGCAAGAGAUCCCACAUACACUUGGACUCGCGAUCAAGCGAUUGAGUUAAGGACCAAGGCACGUAUGGACCUCACCAUAUUUUGCGAUUCACUGAAAUCUGCAGGACAAUCUCUGGAUGAUCCCGUCGAAGAGCAGAGGUUUAUUCAUCCCGAAUCUGGGCGAUGGCUUUAUCGAGGAGAACGUCUUCCGCAUUAUGCUCGCCAUCUUCCUGCUCCUGGUCAUGAAGUUCUCAUCCAUAGCACUACACGGCGCCUUUUGGAUUUCGUUGACCUCUCUGACGGCAGUAAAUGGUUCAUGAUUACUUGGAAUACCAUGAUGGUUACUUUGGGAAAAGCGCGCUGUGACGAAGCUGGCCCGUAUUGGCUUAAUAGACUAUUCCUGGAACUUCACAUGGAUACAAUGAUACGCUAUGGUCAAAGAAGCCAUUUUUUAUAUCAGCUGAAUACUCAUACGCAAAGAGGGCGCCCAAUUGCCGACCUUGAAGACCUUGUCCUUCGGCUUUACCAUGCUAAGCACGAUUACGACCCCUUAUUGGACGAGUUGCAUCCUCUGAGGGACUGGAUUUACAGCGAUUUGAAGCGUGGAUACGAGCGCUUCUGCUCAGAACAAGAUAAACCACAUAGAGAUUCCUCUGGAAUGCGACGAUUCUUUCCGAAAAUGUAUCGCACUGAUCCCGCUACAAUGUCUUCUCAGCAACUGCACAAAUUAUUUAUCGAAAUUCUCGAGGCCGGAGCAGUGGUGCCUUUCAGUCACCCAUUCAGGAAAUACCUGCUCAAUGUUGUUGAUGUAUUAUUUGGGGGUGAGAUGCCUCCAUGUAUCGCUCAUCUUCGUGAUCAAGACGAUAUCAUUAGCGAGCUCAUUCGUAGGCGCGAUGUGUAA